AUGGGGGUAAUAGGACGGUGGGGUCAAAACCUUAUCGGUUCCAGGUGUUGGCUCAGGUGGUGGGGUCCGGCUGCUGGUUAUUGCCCAAACCAAUCAGUUGCUGGCAUCACAGAAAGAUCCAUGGUGAGUCUUAAUGACCCUACUGGGAUAUGCCCCACCAUUCCAUCAAUCAGGACCCUUCAUUUUAUGGGCCAUGCUGCUCCUAUUCAAUGCAUGAUUGGGUCUCUCUCUGCCCACCAAAGGGAAAACGUGGAAUCUCCAAUUGCUACUGAAACAGCAAUCGCUGGGCCAGUGAAAUUGCCCAAACACGGUGAGUCACAUCCCUCACAUGUAAUGUUUGUGAUCAGUAGAGGAUUUGUCCUAGCUGUUGGCCUGGAACUCCCUCCACAUGCACCAGCAGAGCAACUUGAAAUUUUGUUGCUGGAAGGCUUUGUUCAUAUGGGAUCAGAGAGUGCGACUCCUGCUGUUGAGACAUCAAAAAACAGGUCUUCUUCUGGUAAAACGAACCAAGGGAAAGUCCCCAGGAAAAUUCACAAGGCUGAAAGGGAGAAAAUGAAACGUGAACAUUUGAAUGAACUCUUUCUUGACCUUGCCAAUGCACUUGAUGUAAAUGAGAACAAUGGAAAGGCUUCUAUAUUGUGUGAAGCUGCUAGGUUGCUAAAAGACUUGCUCUCUCAGAUCCAGUCCCUCAAGAAAGAGAACGUCACACUGUUGUCUGAAUCGCAUUAUGUGACCAUGGAGAAAAAUGAGCUGAAGGAGGAGAAUUGUAGCCUAGAAACUCAAAUUGAGAAACUUCAAGGUGAGAUAAACGCAAGAGUGGCUCAAUCUAAACCUGACCUGAACGUACAUCCUCAUUUGGAACUUGCGCCACUGGAGCAGCCAAAUUUUCCAGGACAGAGUCUCCAAUUGCAUACCAUGGAACCUAACUUGCAGCAAGGAUCUGCAGUUUUGCUUGUCCCUUUUCCACCUGAUCUUCAAGCCUCUUUUCCAGCUUCUAAUGUUACCGAAGUCGCGCCAAAUUCUACAUCCGUUAUCAGUAAACCGCAUGCCAGGUACCCCACAGCAGCAGAUUCAUGGCCAUCACAACUGCUUGGGUAG